GCCCUCCGCCACAGUCUUCCUGGAGCUGAAAAGGCAACCACCUUGCUGUCGUCUGCAACCGUUAGGAAUUCUCUCAGACUGAAUAUCCCAGGCGAGAUGACGAAAACACUUGUAACUGGACCUCAUGGUCCGCCAGAUAUCAGCUACAACCUCGACUACGACAAUUACCUUGCUAGAACCCAGCGUCGAUUGCAGACCGAAAAACUACCAAAAGACCUGCCGAGUGGCUUUCCACAGCAAAUUCAAAAUGAUCUUGUCUGGGAUGGGAAAGACCUUGCUGAGAAGUACGACUGGAACUACACCUUGACGACCGAUGACCUGACCGAGAUCGAAUCAGCUCUCCGGCAUUUCAAAGCUCAGAACCUGGGACUCGGAUUCAUCAACCAAGACACCUUCCCGCUUCCCAAUCUCCACAAGACUCUACGAGACAUCUCCAAGGAGAUACACAUGGGCCACGGGUUCAAAGUGAUCCGCGGUGUUCCUGUGGCGAGCCACACUCGAGAAGAAAACAUCAUCAUGUACGCCGGGAUCUCCUGUCACAUUGCACCUGUCCGUGGUCGACAAUCCUUUCUGGAUACCGGAGUUGAUGUUGCUCUGGCCCACGUGAAAGACAUGACCUCAGUGGUAGAUGGCAGCAAGAUCGGAGCUCCAGCCUACACCAAUGUUAAACAAGCCUUUCAUACAGAUAUUGGUGACGUUGUUGCAUUGCUUUGCCUAGCUGAGGGUGUUGGAGGAGGGGAGAGCUACUUGUCGAGCAGCUGGAAGGUGUACAAUGAGCUGGCUGCCACUCGGCCCGAUCUUAUCCACACGCUGUCAGAAUACUGGGCAGCGGAUACAUUCGGCAAGAUAGACAUCCCUUACUGGCAUGCUCCGUUACUGUACCACGAGCCGGCCAAAGAUACCACCCCAGAACGUGUGAUUCUCCAUUAUUCACGACGAACCUUUACCGGCUACCUGGGCCUCCCUCGCUCAGCCAACAUCCCACCCCUCACCGAAGCACAAGCCGAGGCUUUGGAUGCGCUGCACUUCACAGCGGAGAAGUAUGCGCUCUCUCUUGACUUUCGCCAGGGAGACAUCCAGUACAUCAACAAUUUCGGCUUGUUUCACGGCCGUGCAAGCUUUCAGGAUUCUAAAGAGAAACAACGUCAUCUGAUUCGGAUCUGGCUCCGUGAUCCAGAGUAUGCUUGGGAGAUACCUGAACCUCUGAGGAACAAGUGGGAUAGGGUGUACAAGGACGUCAAGCCUGAAAAUACCGUCUUUCCUCUCGAGCCACCGAUUGCGACCGGCAGUGAUAGUAAUCCAGGUGGGAAGGGUCUGGUGGCAAAAGGGUGGCAUAGACUUGUCCAAGCAAGUCAGCGCAUGUUGGUUCCCUCGUGA